GCUUAAAAGCGGACGAGCUCAGAGCGUGGGCGCAGAAAGGUUUAGGAGCGUACCCUGAGUAGAUUAUAAUAUUGUAUUUAAUCUUGGGUUGUGAGAGGGUCGGCACACAUACACAGACAAAAUGGUCGAAGCAUUUGUGGGCGUUUGGGGCUUACAGGCAAGCGAAAAUUUUGAUGAAUACAUGAAGCAUCUGGAAGUGGGUCUGGUACAACGGAAUAUGGCUAAAACACUCAAACCCAACACUAUAAUUUCUACGGAUGGCGACACAAUCAUUCUAGAAACCAAGAGUUCAUUUAAAAGCACAAAGAUCCAAUUCAAGCUAGGGGAGGAAUUUGAUGAGAACACUGCAGACGAUAGAAAAACCAAGACCACCGUGACAUUGGACAAUGGCAAACUGAUCCAAAUACAACGGUGGGAUGGAAAAGAGACAACCCUGGUUAGAGAAUUGAAGGAUGGUGACCUAAUAUUGACCUGCACCAUGGGAGAUGUGGUGUGCACCAGAACCUAUCGGAAAGUAAAGUGAUGAUCUGAAACAAGGAGGAUGGGCUCGGUUCAAAAACCUCAUUCUUUUUGCAGCUUUUCUACUGGACUUUCUCCUCAGUAUUUUGCAUAAUUAGGACUGUUCUUUUUCAUGUAACUUUUGGUAUUUUGGUAACAUUUCAUGGUAUUUGCAUGACAAGACAAAUUUCAGGAGUUAUAGGUUCAACAAAAAUAGUGCUGGUUUGCCAUUAUACUAAUUUAUGAUUAACUUGAGCUCUUUUGUAAAAAAAAAAAUGUUUAUUCCUGAAUAUUACCUAAAUAACAAAUAUGGACAGACUUAUAGUCUAGAAAGAAAAUUGCAGACAUUAAUACUUUCUCAACUUAUUCAGUGCUUCCCAAGAUGUGUAAUAUGUAAUAUAAACAGAAAUUUUGCUUAAACAAAGGAAAAGUGAGACAGAACAAAUCUUCAAGUAUUCACUUGGUGUUAAUUAUCAAUUACCUUGUAUAGUAAGAUUUAUGCUUGUAAUAUUACAACUAUAAAUUGCUUACUCUACUCAAGUUAUAUUACCACUGUGCUGUCUGAAAUCUUGCUGCUGUGUAAAAUUGCUGGCAUGGACUUUGAUUUAUUUUUCAGUGUUAUGGGACCCUUCCAGAUCUGCAAGCCUGUGGAAAAAGAACAGCCCUAUGUACAACCAAAGUGCAAAAAUUGUCAAAUUUGUGCAGCUUUAAUAAAAUUGUGUACUACACAA